AUGCAUACACUGUCAUUGAACUUUACGAUUUUAAAGUUUUUUGGCCUAUGGCGACCGUUACCAUGGCUUACCGGUUGGAAAUUUGUGCUUUAUAACUGCUAUACAGUUAUUAUCAUCGUCCUCGUUUUCACAUUUCUCGUAUCUCUGUUUAUCGACUUAUUCAGUUCAUUUAACAGUGUUGAAGACUUCUCUCAGGGUUCGUUUAUCUUACUAACAGUGAUAGCGUUGUUCGGGAAAAUGGUUGUUUUAUUAGCAAAACGACGAGAAAUAAUCGAAUUAACGAAUGACUUGAUAAACGAUGUCUGCGAACCACGAGAUGCGGCAGAGAUUCAAAUUCAGGCACGUAGCAAACGUGAUGCCAGAUGGAUUGCUUCUUGGUAUUUGGUAUUGUUCAUAUCGACGGCAUUUCUAGUGGCACUGCAAUCAAUAAUUAUGGAUAUACCUGAUCGUAAACUGAUGUUCAAAGCUUGGUUGCCUUAUGCCUACAAUUCGACACAAACCGUUUUCCUUUUUACAUUCCUUCAUCAAGCCAUAACAGCAAAUACAGGAUCUGCCAUAAACAGUGCCUUUGACACAUUAUUUCCUGGUCUCAUUAUACUCACUUGCUCUCAAAUGAAAAUUCUCAAAUACCGCUUCGAGGCUAUACCGCAGAUUAUAAGCCCGCGAAAAAAGUCGUCGGAGAGUAAUGGUGACGAAGACGACGAGAGAGAAAAUCGAGAACUGGAGGCUCAACUGUUGACAGAUUGUAUCAGGCAUCACGUCCGAAUAUUUCAAUUAUCCAGUACGCUCAACGACAUCUUCGGCUUCGUUAUUUUUCUACAAUUCAGCAUCAGCUCUCUUGUAGUCUGCGUUAGUAUGUAUGAGGUUUCAAGAAUGAAAGUUUUCAGUCUAGAAUUCGUACCUACCGUCAUGUAUCUUACUGCGAUGCUGACGCAGAUAUUUGUUUUGUGCUACUACGGAAAUGAAUUAUCACUGCAGAGUGUGGACAUUUGCCAAGCGGUUUAUAGAAUGGACUGGACGUCGUUUCAUAUCGGAACGAAAAGAAAUCUCAUUGUAAUAAUGCUACAUUCCCAACGACCGAUUACUUUCGUAUGCUAUAAUGUGGUAGCAUUAUCCCUCGAUGCAUUUACUAGCCUCAUCAAACUGUCAUACUCUGUCUUCAACGUUCUUUCAACCAGUUGAUUGUGUACGUCAAAAAGUAUUAUUGUAGAUAAAUAAAGUUAUAAAUGUGC